UUUUUCGGGAGAGGAAACCAGCAUGAUUGGAGCACUUCCUGUGUUUUAAUACCAGAGCAGGAAACAGAACAAACGGAGCUGGAUUCAAACAAAAACAGUGAGAAAGGGAGAGCGAGAAACGAACAAGUGAGUGGAGAGAGACAGAGUGGGCGAGCAAGGGAGAGAGGAAAAGUGGGGAGAUUUUUUUUAGCAGCUGCAAACCAUUUCAGUCUGAGCGACAGAAAGAAGGCAAGGGAGCCUGCAUGCAGAAAACAGAGGGAAACAGAGGAAGACUGGGAUUGCGUGGCUCCUUGUUGUUUCUCUCGUCUAAGGAGACUCUGAAAGAGAGCGAAGCGGAGAGAAGGAAAGCGUGUGUCAGGGGAUUGUCUGGGAGAGGGAGAACGCCUGCAGAGUCAGAGGCAGCGCUCAGGCUGGGGCUCGGACUGUCUGGGUCUCUUGCCCUCUGGAUACAGUGCCACGAUACACAGCAGCUCUGCCCGCCUGGACGGGGCUCACCCCACCCACCCUCUUCCCCCUAAGAGAACACUCUCACCCCCUCCCGGAUUCAGCCUUCAACUCUGGAUUCACUGUCUCUUCUUCCCUGGAGCUGUGGGUGAGUAGCGUGAUGGAAGGAGGGAGAUGAUAGACAGGCGUCUCGUCUACGCUAGGAAAAGGCUCUGGAUCUCUUUGUUCUGUUUUUUAAAUUGCAAGACUGACUUUUGCGGCGUGGCAGGUGACGGGAUUGACUUUUUCUCGCUAAUGAUGAGGAGGAUAACGAUGACGUCAACACGGGGAUGACGGCGCACUCCAGGCAGAGAGCGGGGCACGGCCUCCAGACCCACUCAACUCAUGCUUUGUGAUGGGAAUGAAAGGGAAUGGGAGAAAGUAUAGACUGUCUGCAAGGACACUCAUUGCUCGGUUACUUUGUCUGAGAUUUUGUUUUGCUGCGAUUUGUUUUUGAUUCCCUCUAAAGACUGAAGGAUAUACUAUUUUCUCAAUUGUUUUGAUUCCCUCUAAAGACUGAAGGAAAAACUAUUUUGGGCUCAACAACAAACCCUGGACUACGACCGAAAAAGAGCAACAUUUUUCACCCUGCACAACCUCUUUUCAUAUCAGGGAGUAGUGGAUUUCUCACCAAUUUUAAAGGAAACUUUAGACACUUCUUUGGCUGCUGCUCACCGAGACAGUUGCUCAACCCUUCUCUGCUGCUUAUCCUGUUGUGGCAGAGCGAGGGAGAAUAGAAAGGGAAGGAAGUAGUGUACCAGCAAGGGGAGAUUGGGAAAUGAUUCCAGAGUGGAGUUGAAAGACUGUGUGAGUGAGGGGGAUUUGACAUAAAAAAGAAACGGAACAAAAGGAUGUUAUCUCCUCGGCACUCACCUCGUUCUGGACUUUGGAUGUCUACGAGACAGCCCCUGCCUUCUUCCUGACCACCUUCCAGACGAGCAGUGCUGCCUCAUAUGCUGCUGGAGGGGAGGAGAGGAGCGUCUGCCGGCAGGUUACUCUCUAACGGAUGCUCCCCUGCAUUUCAGAUAGCGCUGGGAUAUGCCGUUGCACUUCUAUUGAAGUGACAUGGUAGCAUUCGGACCUAUGGACUUGUCCUGUGGAUUGCAAAGCUUUUUUUUUGUGUGUGUGAUUUUGGGUAAUUUUAGUCAUUAAAGCGGAUUCAUGUUUGGGGUUGUGCUUUGGACCGGGAACGGUUGACAAAACUGAACUAUUUUCAUCCCACCUAUUGAGGUGUUUUUUCCCCAUUUGUUUUCUGUGGAAUACUUAUUGGCCCCAUCCCCAAGGGGGCCAGCCUGCCCCUAUAAAGGACCACUGCAGGGUGUCAGGGGGAUAUUGCCCAGGGGCAGCUGAGGGAUGGGGAAGCCCCUGAGCCGGCCGGACUGCCUGAGGAAAAACCCCCGAUGCCUGGGGAAGGGGGACGAGGAUGAGGCCUACAUCGAGGACUGCUAUGUCCCCCAGCGCUCCAUCUACGACACCAUGCGUAUCAAUGAGCAGAUUGACCAGGGCUCCAAGCUCAGCCAGCCCUCGCGCAGCACCCUGGGCUCGGGUGGCGGCGGAGAGGGUAGCACCCUCUCCAGCAACGGCACCAUCGGGGCUGACUUAGGGAGCGUCUUUGUGUCAAGGGGACACACUGAUGCCGGAGUUAAAAGACUGGACGAAAGGGUGAUCUUUGACGCCCUCAAGCUAACCGGCGAUCCCCAGAGCAUGUUGUCACCUGGAAGUGGCGGCGGUUCUGGUUUACCCAUCGCGGCCUCGUCCUCUGCCUCCUGUGGGGCAGCUGCAGUAAAAAGGCGCCACCAGGGCGGCGAUAAGAAAGACAACCCCAAUCGUCGCUCCUGGAAGGCAUUUAUGCCCCCCUGUUACCCAGAGUUUGCAGAGAGGCUUGAGUUUACUCCUGGGGAAAGUGCUGAGAAGCAUCUGUCUGGUCCUGGGAUUCCACUUUCUCUACUGCAGCCACCAACCCCAACCUCCACAACCCCCUUACCUCCUUACUCACCUUCCACUGUGUCGUCCGUGGUUCUUCACACACCCCCUGUCUCUUCCUCCCCUUCGUUGACGCCGACAGUGAGUCCCAUUCCCCCCCUCCAACAGCACCCUGUUAGCAAGCAAAAACAACUUCACCCCCUGCUCCAAAAACAACACAAGCAAACACAUGCGCUACUCUCCCCUUCAAAAGAACAGCCAUCGCUGCAGUUACCUGCCCAACCCCACCAGGGCUCUGGGAGCACCCCACAGCACAGUCCCGGUGCUACCACAAAGCUGGAAAGAAAAAGAGACAAGCGUCAUCGGUGGCCAGUUGUGUCUCCCAGAGCUGGUGUCAAAAGAAUUCCAGAGGAGAGGCCGGAAGCGGCCAAGGCUUCUGACUCUGAAAGAGAUACUGACUCUCCUCUCCUAGAACAAGAACAGGACAACGCCCCUCUCCUACCUCAGUUGGCCCCACCGAAACCUGUGUUCUGCCCCCCGACUAAAGCACGCACAUGGCCCCGCAGCAUGAGAGGGGGCAAGAGGUCCCACGGGGGCAUGCGCCACCACCUCCCUGUCCUGCCGCCCCUGCCCCCCUCACUGGGAGAGGACAGUGACAUGGACGAGGAGUCCUUCUACCUACUAGACCCUCCCUCACCUUUCCUCCAGGAAGAGAAAGGGCUGGCCCAUGGAGGGCUGCCUUUCUCCCCUUCCCUCAGCCAGGAGGGGGGUGAGGAGGGACUCCUGGGCUGGGCUCCCCCUAAUAGUGAGCUCCGGCAGCGAACCGCCUCAGAGCUUAAAUUCGACGAGGAUGAACGCAGGGUCUUACAGGAGCUGGAUGAGAAGGGAGAAGUGGAGGAGGAAGGGGAAGGGGAGGAGGGAAAACGGAAGGAGAUUGAGGAGGAAGGGACUAGAGAGGUGGAAGAAGUAAAGCGUGAGAAAGGAGAAAUGGAAGAGGAGGAGAGGGCUAGGAGAGAGGAGAGGGAGUGGAAGCUGGAGAAUAUGGAGAUAAUGGACCAAUGUUGGGAGGGGGACUCUGGAGAAGGCUGGGAACUCCAACAGGUCUCAGGGUCUUCUGGACAUUGGCCCCUUCUGACCCCUCCAACAGGUUUUGAGGCACCUGGGGACCCCGGUACCUCCCCUUGCCCCAGCUCAGGGGCCAGCUCAGAUGACCUUUUUCUAGAGCUGGAGAGACAAUGUUUAGAGGACGAGGAAGGGGAGAGCUCUGUGAACACUGAAUCUCGUGAGCAAACAGAUCCCUACAACCUAGCCAGUGUAGAGGAAGAGGAGCAAGAGGAAGCCACUUAUGCCUGUAAAUAUUUUGUGGAAACUCUCCCUAUGGAUAUCGAUCAAAGCACAGAGACGGAUUGCACUGAGCCCCGGUUGAAACACCCAAACACAGUUUCACCUCCUGAACACAUGGACCAGGCCCAACCACAGACUACUGAACACACUGACCUGGAGGAAGAACAACCCUGUUAUGAACUAGAUCGGGUUCUCAUUGAAGAUGAACAAUAUGAUAUUGAUGAAGAAAAGCAAAGUGCAAUUGAAGAUGAAGAGCAGAGUGGUCCCGAGACUACUGAGAUGGACUCUGUCUGCGGACCUCUCCCUGUGUCAGACUCCAGCGGGGUCCACAUGUCCCAGCCAGACAGAACCGCUUUGUCCGGCACCACCCAGAACGGCUGUGAACACGAGCCGCCUGCUGAGACCGAGUGGGACCUGGACAGUGGGGCGUCAUCAGAUCAAGAGGUCGAGGAAAUGAGCGAGGAAUCAGGGUUGUGCCUCCAGAUGCCCUCUGCACUUCCUCCCUCCCCCAGCCCACAGAACCCUUAUGCCGAGGGGGAAGAGCAGGAGGAGGGGGAGCCAGCCUGGAAUGCAUGUGAGCAACCUGACCCGAUUUUGGACAUUGAGGUGGUUAGCAUGGACCAAUCCCCUGGGUCAAUCCACACAGAUGGAGAAAUGGGGGUUACUGCUGCAGAGGAUGUUGAUGUACAAACUUCCUGUCAAGAAGAGCUGUUCUCCUCAGAGGUUAGUGAUGUUGCCAAGGAGACGAGCUCUGACACUGAGCGGAUGACACUUCCAUCGUCAGAGACCAGGGACCGCUCUGUCCCCGCAGAUGAGGUUUCUUCUCUGGAUGUGUCUAGGCAAGACGCGGACCCGAGGUCCACAAGCACCCCCAAAGCGUUCUCAGAUUCUCUCCCCCAUUCACACUCCCCUUCACCCUUACCACUGUUCCCCGUCAAGCACGAGCCAAGAGGGCCAGGCCUGGACAGCAAAGACUCUGAUGCCUUUGUGGCCACAGACAGUUUUGUUUACCUGGCUGUGUCUGUGCCACCCCUGUUCCCUCAGGACUGCCCCCUCUCCCUACUGGAGUCCUCAACACCCCCCAGCCCCAUCCCCAAUCCCUGCCCUGAUCCAGACGACGGGGCCUUCCUUUGCCCCGACAGCUUUGUUUACUUGGCAGCCCCGGAGCGGCUUCCCCAGGUGUCCGACGGAGGCUCCGCUUGCGAGGACGCCCAGGAGCUGGACUAUGGAGACUCAUACUCUGAAGGUACCCAGUCAGGAGUGGACUUCGUCCUUGGAUCCAUGACCGGGGACAGUGACUGGGAGUCUGACGGCUCGGCCUUGGACCCUCCUUGUACCAACAGGGAGUGGGAGGAGCUGGAAUCCGAGUUGCUUCAGGGUCUUUUCAGGGAGGGCCAGAUGGAAGACCAGAUGCCCCCAGGGGCCACAACAGAGGCUGAAUGGUCAGACUGUGAGACCCCCUCAGGCCCAAAGACCACAGAGCAGAGAGGAGCACCCUCACCCUGCCCCGACAUAGAGACCCAUGCUGAGUCCGACAGCACUUUUCUAGAGAUAAGAAAGUGAGAAGUAAACAGUAGGGGUCUAUGCAGGGAGUUUCUGUUGCCAGUAAAACACAAACACUGGACAAAGUUGUCGGGGG